UGACAACUUCCGCACCUAAGGCCUACUUUUGAAGAGCUAAGCGCAAUGGGAUCGGCAUCAGUCCCGGAGUCUCUGCCUCCCCACUAUGUCCUUGUUUCUCAGGGUAGUCUCCCAGCGAGCACUACGGGAGUCGUGGGUGCGCCAAACACUCCGGCGCCUCGUUUGACGUUCCCCAUUAUACACUACCACUACGCUGAUGAUCCACCAUUAUCCUUAAUGCCGUCCAAGGACCACGAGAAUCAGCCAUACAUUAUUCUAGACUGUGAUCCCACAUCCUGUCAACUGCCAGUUGUUCGAAGUGUGUCGGAAGGGUUAGCGGUAACAGGCAUCAAAGUCACUGAGGCUCCGGGUGUAAUAAAAGGCGUCGAAGUCGACAGGAACCCAAAUAUGUUCGUCAUUGAGGCAGUCUCUACAAAUUCUUCACAUCGUCCAUCAAGCAAUGCAGCGUCAGAAGCACAGAACGAUUGGUUUCUAGACCCGUCUGGUGCCAUUGCUCGAUUUAAACAAAGGCGAGAGGCCACCACGAUCUUCUGACGUACUUCCUGACAUCGCUGCCAGAAACGCUUCAUUGCGAGAUGUGCUAGAGUAUCCCAAUCGCAUGCCAGACCAUCCAUCUAAGGACGAACCACCACCAAGCAAGGAAUUUAGCAAGGAGC